AGCGAGCUUGGGCUCCUUUUAAAGCGCGGGGUCUGCUUGUUAUUGUACGGUUGCUCAGCAAUCCUUCUGAACAAGCCUAAACGUCCCUUCCCUACACAAUCUUGACAUUCGCUGAUCCCUUCGUAGAAAGCCUGCAAUCAUGCUAUCCUCUCGCUUCUCCAUUCUUGCCGUCGCUGCUUCACUGGCGUUGGCCGCUAGCAGCGUCAGCGCCUACUCUAACCGCGUCUUUCUCAUCCGUCACGGAGAGAAGCCGUCGGAUGAUGACCAGACUGGUCUGAGCGCACAGGGCAUGCAACGCUCUCAAUGCCUGCGCAACGUCUUUGGCAAGGGCAGCGGCUACAACAUUGGCUACAUCAUCACCCAGGACUACAAGUCUGACGGAUCUCGAAACAGACCUUAUCAGACUGUGCUUCCCCUCUCUCAAGAUCUCGGCUUGACCAUCGACCAUCACUGCGAUCGAGACGAUGCAGACUGCGCCAAGGACAGCAUCAAGAACUUUGCAUCCAGCAGCGGUGCGGACAUUCUCCUCUGCUGGGAACACAAGGCUCUAAGCGACAUUUCAAAGGCUCUGGGUGACAAGUUUGAUUACCCCAGCGAUCACUUCAACUACAUUUACGAGAUUCAAAACAAGAAGCUCACUGGGAACAGCCCUUACUCGGAGAACUGCCCGGGUCUUGACAACUAGACUAGACUAGACUAGACUAGUAGUGGUGCAAGCGAGAACAACGCUUUGCAGCACUUGACGACCUUCAAAAUGGGACGGGCACGUCCUCGACGACUGCAAUGACACCUAUACAGCUUGCAUGGGUGUGUCGCGACGAUCGUGAUCUGUGCACGUCCGAUGAGUGAUUGACGGGCUCCCAUGUGGGCUUGCCGAUCCGCCGCCAUCUUGAUGACGACCCCGAUGGUCGAUGAAUGGGGAGAUCGUAGGCGGGUUGCAACGUAUUGCACUCAACUACACUCUGGUGGGUGAUGAUGGUGAGCGCCGUGUCGUGCCGCGGCACUCGCGGCUG